AUGUGUGCGCCCCUCUGUCUCUCCCUCGUUAUUUCUCUCCUUGGCUGGAUUUCCCUAAAACCUCUGGAAGGGGUAGGCGCUUUCCUGAGUCCCGGCCCCCCGCCCCGCUGGCCGUGUUCUGCGGUGGGUGCUCGCUGUCUGGGCGAGGAGCGCAUCCCCAGCAUGGACCUGGUCGCCUUGCUGAAGUCUCACUUCCUCUGCCACCUCAUCUUCUGCUACGUCUUCAUUGCCUCGGGGCUCAUCAUCAACACCAUUCAGCUCUUCACGCUCCUUCUCUGGCCGGUUAACAAGCAGCUCUUUCGGAAGAUCAACUGCCGGCUGUCCUACUGCGUCUCCAGCCAGCUGGUGAUGCUGCUAGAGUGGUGGUCGGGUACAGAGUGCGUCAUCUACACGGACCCCCGGGCCUACCCCAAGUACGGGCAGGAAAACGCCAUUGUCGUCCUGAACCACAAGUUUGAAAUCGACUUCCUCUGCGGCUGGAGCCUGGCUGAGCGCUUUGGGGUCUUAGGGGGCUCCAAGGUCCUGGCCAAGAAGGAGCUGGCCUGCGUCCCCAUCAUCGGCUGGAUGUGGUACUUCACCGAGAUGGUCUUCUGCACGCGCAAAUGGGAGCAGGACCGCAAGACCGUCUCCGAGAGCCUCCUGCACCUGCGCGACUACCCCGAGAAGUACUUCUUCCUGAUUCACUGCGAGGGCACGCGGUUCACGGAGAAGAAACACCAGAUCAGCAUGCAGGUGGCCCAGGCCAAGGGGCUGCCCAGCCUCAAGCACCACCUGCUGCCUCGCACCAAAGGCUUCGCGGUGACCGUGAGGAGUUUGAGAAAUGUAGUUUCAGCUGUAUAUGACUGUACACUCAAUUUCAGAAACAAUGAAAAUCCAACCCUGCUGGGAGUCCUCAAUGGCAAGAAAUAUCAUGCAGAUUUAUACGUUAGGCGGAUUCCUCUAGAAGAAGUCCCGGAGGAGGAGGACAAGUGUGCGGCCUGGCUGCACAAACUCUACCAGGAGAAGGAUGCCUUCCAGGAGGAGUACUCCCGCACGGGCACCUUCCCCGAGACACCCGUGGUGCCCCCGCGGCGGCCCUGGACGCUCGUCAACUGGCUCUUCUGGGCCUCGCUGCUCCUCUACCCCUUCUUCCGCUUUGUCGUCAACAUGGUCAGCAGCGGCUCCUCCCUGACGCUCGCCAGCUUCGUCCUCGUCUUCUUCGUGGCUUCCAUGGGGGUCCGAUGGAUGAUCGGCGUCACGGAAAUUGACAAGGGCUCUGCCUAUGGCAACAUGGACAGCAAGCAGAAACACAGCGACUGA